ACAAUUUUGUGACAUUUUAAAAUGCUUUUUUACCAAUUAUGAUAUAAUGUUGGGCAAACAUGAUCUCAACAGGUAUUGAUAUUGAAAUCACGUUAAAGUGAAUGGAAAAAUGUUUGCUGUGAAAAUUUUCAAAAUCAGUUGAAUCUCCGAAUAACGAUGCAAGAAAUCGACAGAUUUCAUAAUUUAAUUUCAGAUCACAUCUUCUUCCUGGUCUGAGUGAUAUUAAUUGUCCAGAGUAGUGUCAAUUAUUGCCAUAAUGAUGAAUGGUUGAUAAUGAUGAAUACAAAGGAAAGAGGGUGUAAGAAGGUGGUAAGGAGGAGAGGGAGGUGGGUAGAAUGAUCUUGAAUGUAAAGUAUUUAGUCAUUCAUUGAUUACCUUUCAGAUUGUCCAUAAUAAGGAGGCGGACUUGGGUGAGAAUAAUAGUCUAAGGUCUUUGAACUUUCGAACAACCAAUCAUCAAAACAAUAAUUUUACUGAGAUGGACAUUUGCUUUUUUUAAACACAUUCGACUGUGAUUCACACAUUAGAUAAUAACAACAGUGAUUAGAUCAUUUCAGUCCUGUUUUGACAAUCAGUGCGAGUGUUUGUGUCCUUUGCAAAAUGGCUGUAUUUCCCUCCAAUCAGGUUGACAUUGAAUCAGGUGGAAAUAGUGCCGUAAACGAGAAAAGAUCAACUUCGCGUAACUGUUGUAAUUUAUUGUUUCAAAGUGUUGUAUUUUCUGUCUGCUGUUUCUUAUUCAUCAGCCAAUCCAUGAUGUUAGUUAAGGUUUAUCUAAGCUUUCCCACGACUAUAACCACCAAUUUAACCUUUGCUGAAAUAUUUGAUUUACCCUCGGUUACUCUUUGUUUUAAGAGUGAUCUCAAACCAGGCGCUGUUGAAGCAGCCAAUGAGGUGUUUAGGCGCAAUUUCAAUGCUGAUAAGGCCAAAGAGGAGGAUAUUAAGUGUAAUUUGAUGAUACCAACGAUUAACCAAGUAACUGGUACGUUUGAAGUGUCUCCAAUUCCUUGCCAUGAGAUUGUCCCAACACUGGAAAGUAUUAACUUUGGUUUGGGUAAAAGAUGUUACACUUUCUUUAGUAAAUUGGGUAAACCAAUUCGAUCUUCACGUGAUUUAAAGGUUCGCUGGUCCAGGUUCAGUGAUGAAGGUGGUGGAAAUGGAUUGUUGACAACCAAAAAUGGUGACCUGAUGACUCUUGAAAUUGAAUUUGGACGUAAACCAAACGUGGAAGCUUUCACAGAUGAUUUGGAUGCUUCAAUAUCUAUUCACCAGUCCAAUGAGCUACCCUUGAGUAGUCAAAAGAUAUCCAAACUAAAACCUGGUUACAAUUAUUUGAUCACAUUUGACAAGAUAAUUGAGAAACGGAUGCCUCCGCCGUUCAGGACUGGAUGUGAUCAAUAUAAACAAACGAUGAACGGCAAAAAUGAACAGGUUAACACUGGUAAACUAGUUGAUGAAAGAAACUUCAUGGGCAUUGUUUCACCUCACUUGAAACCUCCUCAAUCUAAAUACGAUUGUGUUGAUCAAUGUUUACUCACCUUGUACCGGCAAACUUGCAACUGUUUACCAUCUGAUAUCAAUGUUAGACGUGACCUGUUACGAUCGAACGACACUUUUUGUACCAAUGCAAAAUGUCAAACAUUACAAAUCCAUCGAGCUGAAUUCUGUGCCACUCUACCUCGAUGCAAACCCAACUGCGAAGAUGAACUUUACAAUUUUGUCACUGAAAUGGCUGAUAGUCAAUCAACGACAAUGGUUUUAACUCAUUACAUCAACACUCAAAGACAUAGAACCUCAUCAAGACCAAUCAAUUAUAAUAACGGCGGAGCUGGUUAUAUUCCAAGGCCAAUGGUUCCAAACGGUCAAUUUCAAUCUUAUGGUCUUCAGGAAGCUGGAACUUAUCAUGGAUCUUUGAGUGAAUCAGUACCUGAUAUCGUCAAUGUGCUUGGUACACUGAGUAAAGCUUUUGUUACCGUUCGGAAGUCAUCAGGACCUGAUGUUGUCUAUGAGCAUCGACCUCAAUAUAAUUAUUUUGAUUUUGUUUUUCAAUUAAUGACUUUGGCCUGUGUUUGGUUAGGUUUCUCCAUUUUCUCAAUCAUUUGGAAACCAUUCUAUAUAAUUUUCAAAAUCAUUUCAUUCUGUUGCUGUUUAUCUCGAAAAUUACAAAAAACAAAGCCUCUAGUCACAAUAGAUUAAAAAUGAUGAGAAAAUUGGAAAAUAUUGUUACCUGAAUAUUGCAAUGAAAUAAAAUAUGAAUGAUGAUUCAAAAUGAUUCACGUUUUCGUUAAUGCAAUCUUUAUUAUCGAUUUAGAAGGAUGAUUGGUAUCUUUACCACUAACAAGAGUUGAGUUUUAAGUCGGAUACAAAAAUAAUGUAGGAUCUCUGAUAAAAAAUUAGGCUCAAAUUUUACAUUUCUACAUAGUUUAUCUGGUC